ACGAUUAUUGCACCAAGAUAGACUUUACGGCGAGUAAUUAGAAGCACUUCAAUUUUCAAGCAGAUGCAUCGAUCGAAAACAUCGACAGAGGGUGCAGCCUGUUUGCUUUCGACGGUGCAUCGACCUAUUAUGCGGUAAUUUCGUAUUCGAUGAAUCGGUAACUUUGCCCCUUGAGACUACCUUUGUUUCCAAAACUAUGGUUAUAUCUCGUUGAAUAUCGUGUAAUAAUGAUUCAACGAGGAAAGUUUCAUCGUGACAAAAAUAUAACUGUAGGGUGAAGGUAGCAGCCGUGUGUUUAGGGAGAUUUUCAGGGAACGUUGGAAAAGAUUUCGAUUCUAGUACCGUAACGAAAGAAAUGAAAAUACAUAUAUUAUGCGUCGAUUGGAGAACUAGCGAGGCACUGUUGGUGCGUCACUGUUUUUGAUGUCGCAUAGGCAAAUUGAUGUAGGUCGGUUGGCAGUGUGUAGCCGUGCAGAGGCAUACAGUCUCGUGUCGGUGACCUAAAAGGGAAAAGGGAGAAGGUAACGGCGACAAGGGAGGAAAGAGGUAUUUCCAUUUGGCAGAGUGCAAUCGAGACGGAAAAUCGCCGCGGCGAAGGCCCUCCAUUUCCGGAUGAGUUUAGCUCGGUGCGGCCUGGUGGUGACUAUCGAGAAUUGAUUUGUCCCAGGAAAACACACGUAUUUUCAGCGUUCCGACACGACGCGGGGCAAAACCACCGCAGGCGAUUCACAUAGGCAGAUCGUUGCGAUGUAAAGGAUUCGGAAUAAACGAAGCAUGUUUUUCAUCCCUUGGGACUAGAUGGAAACAUCGUCGAAUUUCAGAUCGCAUUCCGGUACGCGCGUGUGCAACAUCUGUGGCGGAGCAUAAAACAUAGUCGGCGUUCCUUGGUCGUCGAGAAGAGGAUGACACGCGGAUAAUGAAAGUGGGCGAUAAGAAAAGAUGGAUACACGACCCGAAUAGCGAACUUUGUCGGCCACUAAAUUGCAAGAAAAAGGAACUGUGCCUACUCGAGGACACUUUCACAGCCGUUUGCGUCUCGAAGAAAGAACUUCACAAAUCAGGCGACAUAGUGAUCCCGAAAUCCCGGGCAGUUCAACAGAACCGACGAAUAAGAACGGAAACUUCGGUCGACUCGGAGGACGACGAUGCUUUUUUCGAUUCCGAGGACGAUGACGAGGAUCAAGACGAGCCGAAAUGUCAAGAAUGUCCUGUGGUGAAGCCGACGUUCCUUUGUGGAAGCGAUAAUCGUACGUACAGUUCGUUGUGCCGGCUGGUAUACCACAAUUGUAUCCACCAUACAUUGAUGAGCAUUGCCUGCAAAGGUUUCUGCCCAUGCAAAGCGGCCGAUCUGCGGGCGUACAACAAGAAAAUGCAAAUAGAACGACAAAAGUCCAAGAUGGGUGAAAUGAUGCGGAAUCGCGAUAUUACGCUUACCCCGCGUGAUUUCAAUUACGACAAUCAUCAUUACCAAUACCUGAAAUACACCAAACGUGCCAAGGCACUAGCCGCUGGAAGCAAAUACGACGACAAACAUUUGACGAGCAACGAAAUCAUAGAAAAGACGCCGUCACCGUUGAAGUCAAUGUAUAACUCUCAGUCAUCGCGGAACUCCGAUUGUCCGCCGUCCUCGAAACCCGCAAUGGCAAAUCGUUUGUUGGACUGGUUUUCCGUCGUGAUGGCAGAUUCCAAGCAUCGCCGUUCGCAUCCUAAAGCAAAAGGUCACUUCCCUAUCGGUUGCCAGACCGAGGUCAGGUGGAUGUUCGGACAUUUGGACAACGACAACGAUGGCCGGCUCUCUCUUUCCGAGCUGUACGGACUCGAGCACGAUCAGAACGAGCCGUGUCUGAAACCGUUCCUGGACGGUUGCGACACCAACGGAGACAUAUUUGUGAGCGGUACCGAAUGGUGCGGAUGCUUUUCAAAGGCUGAACGUCCCUGUGCCGCCGUACGCAAACGAUCAUCCCCCGACGUUGCACCUGUCUGCGACUCCCGAGGAUAUUAUCGAAGUACUCAGUGCCAUCGUAAUCUUGGACUCUGUUGGUGCGUCGAUCCGCAUGGCGUGGAGUUUGCUGGUACCAGAACACGCGGCAGCAAGCCAGAUUGCGACGCAAUUGUAAACAAGAUCAGCAACGAAGGACUGAAGACGAAUAGCGUGGACCUGGACGACGACGAAGACGGCGGUACAGACUCUGCACAGGAUCUCGAAGGCUCUGCCGACCAGCCCUUAGAUUUUUAGAUUUCUUAGGAUCAGUUUGUUACACAGCAACAACAGUGGCGGUGGCAGUAACCGGAAGCAGCACUUGAACGUGAUAUCGAACAGUCGGACAAGGAAGUUUACUUGGUCCGAACGAACAUAAGAAAGCUUGUCCGGUCAUCCGUUUGUUUCGGGUGUCGUCGUUGUGAUUCGAGGUGUCUUUGGUGAAUCAGGCCGGCUAAGACUGCGAACCGCGCGUGCGAGCCUAAUAUCAGUUCGAAGAGCAACGAAAAAAGCAUGUCGAUCGAUAGUCGUGCUAGCAACGGAUACCCUGGCAUCGAAAUUGCACGUGGAGCAACUUUUAUCGCGUUCACUUUGCCGCGAUGAGAAAUCACAACCGAGCACGGUUGUUGUUCGACGACCGGUUGUAACAUUAACCCGGGAAUAAUUACCUCUUAAGAGCUAAUUUGGCAUACUAUUCGUUCGCGUUAUUCGUCGUACCUUUCAAACAGACGAACAAUUAAUAAUAAACGUUUCUGUUUGAUCAUCAGUGUCUGAAAAAGUAAAAUGUCCGAAUCGUCGAUCUAUCGAAAAUGGAAACUGUGUGCCAAACGGGUUAAAGAGCCAUCGAAUCGGAGAAUCUUCCAGCCAGGAAACAAGGAAAGUCAAACACAGUGCAAUAACCAAGGGGCUACUUCGUGCAAUAGCGAUCCCGUGCAAUGUUACGUCUUGAUCUAAGCGCGAAGACCUUGAAGAGAUGUAUGCGUUCGAUGUAAAUCACAGAGGUAGAAUACCAGUGGCCCUUCACCCUCUACAGGAACGUUUAUUUACCCUACGUGCCCUUCGAGGUACCUCCAUGCACAACUCGUUCUAUAAAUAAUACAAUUAUACACUAUUUAUGCGUAUACAAAACUAGAAAAAAAGAGAACGAGAAGAAACGGUUUCGAGGAAUUAAAAAAAAUUGCGGUGCAAUAGGAACAAGAGAAGCUCAUCCUCCAUCAGGUAAAAUUCAUCUCAAUUCCACACGACGCGUACAAGUUACGAUAUCUUUAAAGAGAAGAUGAACUAAUUAGAAAAAGAAUUCUCAAUAUAAUUGAUUUUUAAUCGCGUGAGAUUAACGAUGUCUCAAAUUGUAAUGUCUGAGCAUUUAUAUAUGUAUAUAUAUAUCACCAUAUGACUGGAUAUAUGACGGAUAUACAUAUAUAUAUAAUAUGUACACACCCACACACACACACACACACACACACACACACACACACACACACACACACACACACACACACACACGUGCCCGCGCUCUUAAAGUUUACGAUUACGAUAAUACGACGGACAAAAAUAUGCUGGCUGAGAGAGAAAACCCACCUUGUGCUGAUCGUCAGCAAAAACGAGUGAAACCCGUCAACGCACUCUUAGAGUGGUGCACGCUUGAAGACGUAGAGGUCAGAAGUAUUUGCAUAACCUCCCCGUGUCACACGAGAAUAGUUUUAAACGAAUCCCCCUUACGCAACAUCUUCGUUGUUACACGGUAAAAUAUACAAAGUGUUUCAUAAAAUCCAGGCAUCGUUUAAAAAGUAAUUUCGAACUAGAAAAAUAACGGGCAAAGUUGUCCAAUGGUUCGUCCUAUUCCUUUCAACUUUACCAUCCUGCCUGUUGUACUUUUGGAUAAGAGGAAAAUUCAAGAGAGAGAACACACUGAUUUAGAAGGAUAAGCUUACACGCACUAUUUCCAACAAUAGAACGAAUCGGAACGAUUCAUUCAGCACUAUGAAAGUGCCUUCGAACGAUUAAUAAAAUAAUAAAAAUCGCUAUGAAACAUUAGUUACAAAUACCCGAAUAGAACGAGCUAUUUUACCUCUCAGCUUGAAAACAGAGUUCCUAAAACCAAAACCAACGGUGUAUCUCUGAAACAAGAUCAAAUAGGACAUGUCUCUACAGAAUCUUUCUUCAUUAUUUUUGUACACAGAACUCUGUCCCAGAAUUAUGCCCGCAUUUUAUGAAACACGCUACUGCGUACAACCGAAUAGAUUUUCAUCGCUUAUUUAUUUUCUUCGCGCUGGACUAUUCUACUUGUUCUUCUCAAAUUUUUUUUUUUCUCUCGUAGCCAUCUUGCGUUGCGAGGUCUAGUGUAAAAUAUACUUGCAUAAA